AUGCUUCAAAAGCAAAUAUGGGAAAAACGCAUAUAUGGGAAAAACGCACAUAUGGGAAAAGCGCACAUAUGGGAAAAGCGCACAUAUGGGAAAAGCGCACAUAUGGGAAAAGCGCACAUAUGGGAAAAGCGCACAUAUGGGAAAAGCGCACAUAUGGGAAAAGCGCACAUAUGGGAAAAGCGCACAUAUGGGAAAAGCGCACAUAUGGGAAAAGCGCACAAAUGGGAAAAGCGCACAUAUGGGAAAAGCGCACAUAUGGGAAAAGCGCACAUGUGGGAAAAGCGCAUAUGUGGGAAAAAACGCAUGUAUGGGGAAAAACGCAUAUAUGGGGAAAAACGCAUAUAUGGGGAAAAACGCAUAUAUGGGGAAAAACGCAUAUAUGGGGAAAAACGCAUAUAUGGGGAAAAACGCAUAUAUGGGGAAAAACGCAUAUAUGGGGAAAAACGCAUAUAUGGGGAAAAACGCAUGUAUGGGGAAAAACGCAUAUAUGGGGAAAAACGCAUAUAUGGGGAAAAACGCAUAUAUGGGGAAAAACGCAUAUAUGGGGAAAAACGCAUAUAUGGGGAAAAACGCAUAUAUGGGGAAAAACGCAUAUAUGGGGAAAAACGCACAUAUGGGGAAAAACGCACAUAUGGGGAAAAACGCACAUAUGGGGAAAAGCGCACAUAUGGGAAAAGCGCACAUAUGGGGAAAAGCGCACAUAUGGGAAAAGCGCACAUAUGGGAAAAGCGCACAUAUGGGAAAAGCGCACAUAUGGGAAAAGCGCACAUAUGGGAAAAGCGCACAUAUGGGAAAAGCGCACAUAUGGGAAAAGCGCACAUAUGGGAAAAGCGCACAUAUGGGAAAAGCGCACAUAUGGGAUAA